AUGGGCUCUCUGACUAAACAAGCUGAAGCAACUGUUGCUACAGACUAAAAAAAAUUGACUCCAGAGCAAUUCUAUGCUCUGAGAGAAAAAGGAACCGAACCGCCACUUAGUGGGAUCUAUCUGAAUAACACAGAAUCAGGAAUAUACUACUGCGUGUGCUGCAAUGCCCCACUAUUCAGCUCAGAAAAGAAGUACAGUUCUGGGACUGGAUGGCUGCUGUUUUCUGAGGCUUACAGUAGUUGUGGCAGAGAUGAAAGUAAUACCAAUAUCAUAGAUAACUCAUUGGGAUCAACUAGAACUGAAGUGGUCUGCAAACAGUGUGACGCCCAUCUAGGCCAUGUGUUUGAUAAUGGUCCCACACCUUCUGGGCAGAGGUUCUGUAUCAACAGUGUUUCAUUAAACUUCAAACCAGGCUCUGGUCAGUGA